UGACGUGUCUGUGUGACUUUCAUUGGGUGAUCCUCGAGCUCCUCUUUCCUGUGUGAAGUUGCUGGCUUUGGGUUCUCUCGACCAACUAAGAAGUAAAAUGAAGCGAGUAAUCGUAGCUGUGUUGGCUCUGUGUGCGGCUCUGUGUGCGGCUCUGUGUGGAGCUGAUUCUUGCACAGAGCCGGUGAUCUCCACCUCAUCAUACACAACCGCUGACGCAGUGAUCUCCUCCGAGACGGUCUUCAUUGUAGAGCUGAGCCUGGCCUGUGGAAAUGGAGCACAGAGCGUUGCCCUCUAUGCAGAUGUUAAUGGCAAACAGUUUCCAGUGACCAGAGGUCAGGAUGUUGGAAAAUAUCAGGUUUCCUGGAGCGUUCCCCACAAAGAAGCCAGCUCAGGCACAUAUCAAGUGAAGUUCUUUGAUGAGGAGGCUUACAGCACCCUGCGUAAGGCCCAGAGGAAUAAUGAAGAUGUAGAAGCCAUCAAGCCUCUGUUUUCUGUCAAUGUGGAGCACAGGGGUGCAUGGAGCGGUCCUUGGGUGUCCUCAGAGGUCUUGGCAGCGGUCAUCGGCAUUGUCCUGUACUAUUUGGCUUACAGCACUAAAAGUUCAAUUCAGGCAUAAAUAUCUCAAGUGCUGAAAUUGUGUCAAAGCAUCUCGGUCAUGUACAAACUCCUUCAUAAACAGGCUUUAAGUAUUUCUUGUACCAGUGAGUGCUCACAUCACAUCACCAGUUUUCUAUGUAAGAUUUUUUAUGAAGCAGUUGGUGGAAGCCUGAGUAAUAACCUGUGUUAUUAGAUGUGUACUUGAUGUUCUGAGGACACAUUCUGGCUUUUGGAAUGUCUGCUUGUCAAUGAAAUUCAUUGAAUAAAAAUGACCCUUUUUAA